AUGGAGAUCAUAUUGGAGAUGCAAGAGCAGAGAGGCUGCUUCACACCUGCUUCACACUUCAGCCUGAAAGAACGCUCACCUGGCCUUCCUCACCCUAGCACUGGAAGCCCGGAGCCUCAAAAAGGCAACCUCAAUCUCAGCCCGGCUGUCUUCUCCACGGGAGAUUUACAAAGCGCCCUUCCCCCAACCGGCAUCUCCACCCAGCAAAGGAAUAUCAGUUGCGUCCCGAAGGCAAAAGCGAAAGAACCUCUUUCCCUCCCUCUUCCUCUGCUCAGGAUCCUGUUGACUGUGGUGGUGAUCUUCCGGAUCCUCAUUGUGGCCAUUGUUGGAGAGACGGUGUAUGAUGAUGAACAGACCAUGUUUGUGUGCAACACUCUGCAGCCCGGCUGUAACCAGGCCUGCUAUGAUCGCGCCUUCCCCAUCUCUCACAUACGUUACUGGGUCUUCCAGAUCAUAAUGGUGUGCACCCCCAGUCUCUGCUUCAUCACCUAUUCUGUGCACCAGUCUGCCAAACAGCGAGAACGCCGAUACUCUACUGUCUUCCUAGCUCUGGACAGAGAUGCCCCUGAGUCCAUGGGGGGUCCUGGAGGAAGUGGGGGUGGCGGCAGUGGUGGAGGCAAAAGAGAAGAUAAGAAGUUGCAGAAUGCCAUUGUCAAUGGGGUGCUACAGAAUACAGAGAACACCAACAAGGAGACGGAACCAGAUUGUUUAGAAGUUAAGGAGCUGACUCCACACCCAUCAGGUUUGCGCACUGCAGCGAGAUCUAAGCUCCGAAGACAGGAAGGGAUCUCUCGUUUCUACAUUAUCCAAGUGGUGUUCCGAAAUGCCCUGGAGAUUGGGUUUCUGGUUGGUCAAUACUUUCUCUAUGGCUUUAGUGUUCCGGGGUUGUAUGAGUGUAACCGCUACCCUUGCAUCAAGGAGGUGGAAUGCUAUGUAUCCCGGCCCACGGAGAAGACUGUCUUCCUAGUGUUCAUGUUUGCUGUAAGUGGCAUCUGUGUUGUGCUCAACCUGGCUGAACUCAACCACUUAGGGUGGCGCAAGAUCAAGCUGGCUGUGCGAGGAGCCCAGGCCAAAAGGAAGUCAGUCUAUGAGAUCCGGAACAAGGACCUGCCCCGGGUCAGUGUUCCCAAUUUUGGCAGGACUCAGUCCAGUGAUUCUGCCUAUGUGUGAAAGGGCAGGUUUUGGGAAGGCCUGCAGGGUGACAAGAAGCCCCAAGGCAAAUGAACUGCUCAAAGGUGGAUAAAUCAGCCCUCAUUCAUGCAAUUAAGAUGUAGGAUAAGGCUGGUUAAGAGAAGAUCUUGCAUCAAUAGGAGAGAAGCAGUAGACCCAUUAUCAUGUAUUACACCACUGGCUCCACAGAAGCAGUUGGGUAGAGUGAUGAGAUAGACGAAUUGGACUUCUUCCUUUGGGCCCUUUUCUUUUAUGGCCCAGAUUCUGGUAACAGUGGACUUGCACAGCUACCAAGCAAGACUAAGCUCUGCUGAGCUCUGUAUUCUGGUAAAUGGCAUGAGUCAAAUACUUCAUUGAUACAAAUUUUGUGACCUAUUUCAACACAUCCCUUUAUCCUGGGCUGCAGGACAAACAUCCUUGAGGAUCUUCCAUGUAUCUCCCCCAUCAGCAUGUCCCUUUCCCUCAACCCAGGAUAGCAUGCCAGCUUUUUUCUGAACCUGGCCUUACAUUAGACCUAAUAUGGUUUAUCUGCAAGCUAGAGGGAAUUACAUGGGGUGCUUUUUGGAGACUGGCCAUGGCAGAGGUUUGCACUAGAGCCCCAUCAGACUGGCUCUUAGUCAUUAUG